AUGAAUGGUAGAGGCUUAACGGCAGAAGAUGUGGCGUCUAUGGACACUGUCAUCAUCGAUAGCACUGAUAAUUUAGCAGAUUUAUUGGAAACUGUUGACAUCAGCAAGCCAGCCUCAUCUCUUCCCGGAAAUGCUGAGGAUGAUCAUCCCAAGAGCAGCGAGGGUACAGCUGUUGAUUCAAAAACUGAUACGGAUGUUGCGGAUAACGAAUUUGAGCAGUUAAUUAUAACACUUGAUGACGACGAUGUCCCAUCAUCGAGCGGCAAUGGUGGUGCGCAAGGGCAGUUCAGGGAAUUCUGUUAUGCUCAUGUGCUGGAUACAUCGUCAAAUGUGCCUCAGUAUGAAAAGCUGAAAGAAACGAUGGCCAGAAAAGUAAAGUUUUGCUUCCUUCUUUUUUCAAGAAAAGUAGAAUUUUGCUUUUUUUCUUUGGAUUUCCAAAAAUAUUUUUGUGAGAUGUCAUAG